AUGACUCCUCUCUUGCAAUACCCGAUUAAGAAGACUUUGGAAAUUCUCGGUGGAAUUCUAGCAUUCUGUGUUCUAUGUGUUGUCGGUCGCAUAAUCUACAACGUCUAUUUUCACCCCUUGUCACGCUUCCCAGGACCAAAACCCUGGACCGCUUCUCGAUUGCCAUAUAUUAGCCAUAUCCAGGCCGGCGCUUUGGCUAGAGAAAUUCGAAUACUCCAUUGCAAGUAUGGCGAUAUUGUCCGUGUUGCACCUGAUGAGCUUUCCUUCGCAGCCCCAGAAGCCUUGCAAGAUAUCUACGCAAAAACCGCCACUCAUCCAGCCUUUCCCAAGGGGCCGUUUUGGAAUGGAACUAUUAAAGGGCAACCGUUCAUGGUCCUCAAUGCUCUGGAUCCGAGUGAUCAUGCCAGAAUGCGCAAAGGCGUCGCAAGUGCAUUCAGCGAGAAAGCUGUCCGGGCACAGGAAGGCCUGAUAGAAAAAUAUGCUACUAAAUUGGUAGCUUGCCUGGAGCAAGUAGUCUCUAAAUCCGAAAAAGGGGCAGUAUUGAAUAUCACGAGUUGGAUUAAUUUUGCAGCCUUUGACUGUAUUGGGGAUCUUGCCUUUGGUGAAUCGUUCAAUUGCCUUGAGAGCAAUGAAUUUCGUCCUUGGGCCUUUGAGAUCUUAGCGAGUUUCAAGGCUGUCGCUUGUGCUGCCUCUUUGCGCUAUUAUCCUUACCUGGACUGUUUCUUGAGGCUGGCGAUCCCCAAACGCGUCUGGGAGACGCAGAAAUAUCAUUUUCAGCUCGCGGUCGACAAAGUCCAACGUCGUUUGGGACGCGAGAAAGAGAGACGGAGACCUGAUGUAAUCGGUAUGCUUCAGUUGGAUGAAAAAGGGAAAAAAGGUUUAACGAUAAGGGAGCCACAUGCCCAUGCACCUCUCAUUAUUAUUGCAGGGAGCCAGACGAUCGUCACAGUCCUUAGCGGAAUUGUGAAUUUUCUGGUCAAAAACCCCGAGAAAUUAGCCAUCUUAAUAAACGAAGUACGAAAUAUUCGGAACAAAAGUGGGAUAACGCAGGUUGCGCUCAAGGAUUUGGAAUACCUCAAUGGCGUCAUCAAAGAGGGACUGAGGGUUUCUGGAGGUCUUAACCGUCUCACUCCUCCCACCGGAGGCACCGUCUUAGGCCAUCAGCUCCCAGGAAACAUACACGUCAAUGUCCAGCCUUUAAGUAUCCAUCUCUCCCCUAUCUACUUUCACGACCCUACCGCCUUCAUUCCUGAGCGGUGGCUCUCUGCUGCCAUCGAGGACCCUAUGUCUCCUUAUCACAGUGAUCGACGUAACGCAGUGCUGCCAUUCAGUACGGGAUCCAGGAGCUGUCCGGGGAAAGCGUUAGCGUGGGCUGAGAUAAGAUUGUUGCUUGCGAGGUUGGUGUGGAAUUUUGAUUUUGAGGAAGUUGAUAGUGUGAAAGGGCAGUUGAGGUGGGAGGAGCAGAAAGUGUAUAUUGCUGUGGAGAGGAAGCCUUUUGAGGUUAGAUUGAAAGCAAGGAGUUUUGGUGUUGAGGAGGCUCUGUCUGAGGAGACGUAUAGCUGACACCGGUUGACUUGAGAAAGAUUUCAGGAAGUCUAUGUUCAUCACGAAAUACGAUCUGUGAAAAAAGGUG